CUCCAGUGAAGCCUCAGAAAGUUCAGAACAACUGGAAGAACGGCGAUGUCUUCGCCCUGACAGCUCAGACAGCUUGAUCCGCAGCCACGGCGCACUCAAAAUGGCUGCCAAGCUUCAGAUACACGCGCCAUACGUCUUGCAGGCACUUCCUCCCCCUCUCGAUGGCCCGGAUGGUCCUGGCCGUUACCUUGCCGGGGAGGUUUUCGGCCAAAAGCAGGGCUGCAAGCGUCGCAAGAGGACCGAGCUCACGGUAGCAAUUGACGGUGUCGCUGUUUACCUUUACGAUAUUCUCUCAUCUCAGGCGGUUACCUCGUACCUGGUCUCGCCCCAGUCCGUCUUCACUUGCGCGCCGUAUUCUUUGCGCUGGAGGCCAGCGUCGUCCAAGUCGGCCACUCGUUAUACCUAUGUCUCGCUCGCAACAAGCAGUGGCACCUCUUCAAAGCGCGAGAUCAAACUGUUCAAGGAGGAGAUCUCCGGGGCCGGGACGACAACCGCGACACCUGUCUCCCAUACCCUCCGUUGUGAUGCGCCCAUCAUCCUCAUCUUCGCCAGCUCGCCCAGGCAUUCCGUGACACAGUUGCCUAGUGAUCAGUCGUCCAACCAUGACCUAGUAGCUGUGGCUUCCGAUGGCACGAUCCUGUGCCUAAACGGAGAGACUCUGGACGAGAGAUGGCAGGUGUCGCCUUCUGUGCUCUCAAAGGACCUUAUUGCAAGUCCCAAGGCAGGCCUCAAGGUGGACUUCGCACAAUCGACGUUUGCUGCGGACGUUGUCGACGGAAUAUUCGGUGGCGGAAACGAGCUUUUUGGGGUGUUCCAGGAGAAGAUCCACCGCGAGGGGUUCAAUCCGGACUUCCUUAUUGUGAUCACCUCGCAACCGUCGUCUAAUGCACGGCACUUGCAUGUUCUCGCCCUCCCGUCAGAGAGGGAAGCACGGCAAACGGAUAAUGUGCGCCUUAUUUCAGUGUUCGUCGCUCCUCUUCCUACAGAAGCGGAGGACUGCACGAAAUUCCAGUUGGAUGUCAGAUCCGGAACGCUCCAAACGCUCUCAGGCGGGUCAAUCGUCACCUACGGAUUUAGCAAUGGCAUCCCCCGGCUCGAGAACAAACUGCAGGUCCCGCAGUUGACUUCAUUCCUCCGGUUAUCGAAGACCUCUGUCCUUACUUCUGCCGCCGAUACCGUUUCAGUGUACAACCCGAUCUACCGGUCCCUCCAAGCCACCGCGCCUGUUGACUCCGAGAAAUCUGAGGGUAGCAGCAACCCUUUCGAGUUCAUCACUUAUCUCGCGGGUCGCGAGAUCGCGGUUGGGUUCCGUGGCACCGACCUGACUGCUCUCCAGAUCGAAGCACCGAAAAACCGAAACAACAAGCGCCGCGCGGAGGGUCUAUUGACUGACGCAAUCCGGCGUGGGAUUCCCCGGAAUCCCUCUCACCAGAAGCCGGCCCAAGUCGACCAGCCUAAGUCAGCCGUCCUCGCGGAGCCUUUGCCUGGAUCGUCGGAUCUUUCGUGGCCAGAAUGGCAGAGCAAGUCAAUGCAAGCGGACGAGCUCCUUCGCGAGAAUGACGUACGCUCAUGGGAAGAGUUGUUGGCGGAGGUCUUCAAGGUGAAAACUAAGUCAAGCGAAGCUGUGGCCGAGAAAGAGAGCCUUCCAAACGGUACCGCUUCUCCGACGCAGCUUCCGGAGUGGGUCUGGCCGCCCUCUCGGGCUGAUUAUCCUCGUGUUGAUAGACGGUGGAUAUUCUAUGCCAUCAGCAGAGUGUUUUCGUGGGACGAGCAAAGUGACUCAAAGACAUCGCGGAUGGCGUGCCAGUUACCAGAAAGCAACAUCCUCAACUAUCUCGUUGAUGCUGGGCAUCUGUCAAUCUCAAACAUCAAGUCGGCCUUCAAGGACAAGAUUCAGAAGGUGGACGGGGCGGAUAACAUCAUCGGAGAAGAAGUACCCAACCUCUUAGCGCAAGUGGACCCGACGAUGGAACUACUUGUGGGCUAUCUGUCCGGGACGCAGCUUGGAUCGACGGAGCUUGUAUCUUCUAUCAAGCUCCUGCUCCGCAGCCUCGGCUUAUUUGAGAACCCAUCUAAGACCAUCCAGUUGCGGCUCACGGAAAAUGGGGAACAAGGCCACGACCAGGAGAACGAGGUGAUCAACAUGGAGCUUGAUCGGGCUGAGGAAGAACUGCAGAUUACAGAACACUACCUAGGCGGGCACAGGGCCAGAGGCUUGGGCGUGGCGUUCGGCAAAUUGGCGGCCUGCCCGACAGCCGCAACCGUGCAGAGCUUGCGGAGUCUCUUCAAGCCCGAGGAGAUAAUCGGCCUGAUGAACGUCCUGCGGGCUGAACUCAUCAAAGACGGCUGGACAACACGCUACAUUGACCGGACGGGCGCCGAGGAUGAGGCCGAAGCCCCUCCCGACGGAAGCCUCCAGCUCAUUGCCGAUCUGAUGUCCAGAUGCAUCGACUCAGUAGGCUUGGGCGGAUGGAUGGCGUCGGAUGCCAUACUCGGUGGCUCUCCCAGCCAGGAGGACUCGGCGGACUUUUUCAGCCAGUUUCAAGCCGAGGUGAGCGUGGCUCUGGAAGGCGUAUUGGAAGCGGUGCGUCUCCAAGGAGCCCUGGCCGAGGCUGUCAACUACGCGAAGAAGGCUAGGAAAGCGCUUGCGGAUUCCGCGAAGGGUAAAGCCGCAUCGCUGCACAUGACCGAGGCACUCCCGCUUGGGCUCAAACUCGAUAGCAAAAUCUCGACGGAGAGGGUCAGGUCGGGCGGCGAGAUCGUCCCGAGGAGCAGCAGGCAAAUUGGCCAUUUCAUUAGCAAAAAGAGGGGCAUCUAUUCGGUGCACCGGAUAUCGGAGGAGACGCUGCUGGGCGGAAGCCGCGUCACUGUUGUCCAGGAAGCUCGGUGAGCCUACAUACUAGAAGGCAUUUGAAUGUAGAUGGGUAAUGUUCACGCUGAAUCA